AUGCUUUUACAAAUAAAGACUUGCUUCUGUUCUCUACUGUCUGUUCUACAGCACUUUCUUUACUCGGGAUUGCACCGGCUCUUACCAUCAGUUGUUUCUGCGAAACCCUGGUCACGACAUAAUCGAUCCCCUCCGACCGAUUUCUCUGGAAUAACGACCCUAUACCGACAAUUUCCCCAUGAUCCUUACGCUGGUCUUGCCGUUGUUGGCGUCGGGUUAACUGGUGUCGUUUUCAAGGUUGAUGAGGAAAGGGUCGUGAAGAAAGCCAAGAUCUAUCCUCUCGAAAAUCUCACCGAAUCCGACUGCUUCAAUACGCAAUAUAUGAAUGACAUCAAUCGGUCAACUUUGGUCCACGAAAUACAGAUAUAUAAACGUCUGGGUUACCACAAGGGAGUCAUCUCUUGCACCUGUUUUUCCGAAUAUGGAAUCGAGCUAGUAUUUGCGAAGCAAGGCGAUCUUGAGAGGUACAUCAAGGCCAGCCCGGAACCUCGAUGUUCUUUUAAGGUUGAUUGGAUACUAUCUCUCACAAAGACUUUAUCCUACGUGCACUCUCGUAGAGUGUUCUUGGACGAAGUCGCUCUUCGCAAUAUUUUGGUCGUCGAGGAUCAACUCAAACUUGCAGACUUUGGUCAGUCCAUUUUGCUACCAAUCACGGCUGAUGUCAACACCAUAUGUGAAAACGAUUUGACUGCAAGGAUCGAAAUCCUCCACCUUGGUUGGAUCAUCUACUCAAUCGCUGUCUGGCGGGCUCACAAAUAUUACUUUUUUGACCCGGAGAAUUUGCACUGGCCGAAACCGCAAGCCCUUCCAGAGACGGGCAAGUUGUUUUGUGGACGUAUCAUUGAGAAGUGCUGGCGGGGAGAAUAUGCGAGUAUGGAUGCUUUGAAUGAAGAUGCCCAUUUUUUAUUGCAAGGUCUAGGAUCAUGA